AUUUCCUUGUUUCCUGGUUGUGCAUUUAUAGCGUGUGCUUUGCUUUACUCCUUGUCAGGUCGUUUGCGUUACUUUGACUUUUCUCCUGUGUGUCAUUCCCUCCGUGUCUCAGGUUUUCUAGUUUCAGUUUUCUCUCUUGUCCUCCAGGACUGCUUUCGUCCUCCAGGUUGCUCCACCUUCCUGUCAAAAAUCAGCUGAUUGCUCCUCUGUCCUCAGUCAGUCAUCACCAGCUUGUCGUAUCAGCCAGUUAGACUACCUGGAGUACCUGGACCUCCUCUCCUGGAAUCAAUCACAUCAGUGUGACUGCUUCUUCACAGAAUCACACUGUGAAAAGAGCUGUUCUUAGUUCUACUUUCUGAUCCUUUAUACAUGACCAACACGGCGUGACCAGCUCGCUGAUGGAAGCUGGAGAAUUUAAAUUCUGCACCAACAGAGAGGAUAAACUCCAGGAUGCCUAACUGAGAGGACAUGUGAUGGGAGAAAAAAUUCCUGACAGAGAUGUUGUCUGGCUGUUCUUCCUGUUAAAAACUCCAUCAUCCCAAAUCUCAGGGACAAUCUCUUCUUUUGGACCAUGGAAACUUUCACUUAGGAGCCAGGGUGUUUCCUGUAACUGAAAAUGGGAUUUUUAAAGCGCACCGAGUCAAUGAAAAAAAAUCCUCCCGAUUUUCACAGAGGGCCAGGUCCUGCUAACACAAAGAGUGUGUUUCCUGUAACUGAAAAUGGGAUCCUUAAAGCGCACCAAGUCAAUGGAAAGAAUUGACCAUUUUCACAGAGGACCAGGUGCUGCUAUCACAGAGAGGUGUAGUCCAGCUGUUCACUCCACUCCAUCGUCUCAAAUCUCAGGGACACGUUUCGGAAAACCUGUGAAUCCUGCAACAUUUCUGGUAAUUCUGAUAAUUCUGAUGAAAGUCUCCAGUGGUCUCACAUGUCAUCCUGCAGAGUAUCAGAUAGGAAAUGAAUGCUGUCCGAAGUGUCUUGCAGGGAGUCGAGUGAAAACUCACUGUAAUGAGUAUAGAAGUACGUCAUGUCUGCCAUGCAUGGAUGGAACCUUCACUGAUCAACCUAAUGGACUAGAACGAUGUUCUCCCUGUACCACCUGUCACUCAGCUCUUGGUCUUAGGGUAAAGAAGCAGUGUAUAGCAACAUCAGAUACACUCUGUAAACCACUGGAGGGAUUCUACUGUGUCCACCAUACUGGACACAGCUGUGAGAGAGCACAGGAACACAAACGCUGUAAACCAGGACAGUACAUCAGUCAGAACGGAACAGCCUCCACAGACACCGAGUGCUCUGACUGCAGCAGUGGAACAUUUUCAGAUGGAACAUUUCACUCCUGUCAGCCACACACACAAUGUUACUCACUCAACCUUCAGCAGAUAACAGCAGGAACAUCUGCAGCUGAUGCUCAGUGUGGAGAAGGCAGUGUUAAUGUCCCAGCAGCUGUUGGUGCAGCUGUUAUAAUUUUAAUUGUAAUUAUUGGAGGAGGAGGAUUAUUAUAUUGGCACUUAAAAAAGAGGGCUCCGUCUAACAGACCACCAAUCAAAGAAGAAGGCCGAGAUGAGGAACAUUUACCGAUGGCAUAACCAGGAGGUGAUAAAAGAGCAAAUGGAGACCAUAAUGAAGGAAUCCCUCAGUGACCCAUCUGCUUCUUCCUGUGCUGCUCCAGUUGUUGUGGAGAGCAAAGUGAUCCAGUUACCUCAUGACACACUGUACCAGACUUGUGUCACAUCCUCCCUCCACCACCAGUCCACCAAUACCAUGAUCAUCUUUCAUGGGGCCAUCUUAAAAGAUAUAAAACACAUAAAUAAUUACCAGAACUCAUGUACUGGUCUGGAUGUGAGGGAUUAUGUACAAUACUGCAGGGUGUGUCAGUUGUACAAACUGGAGACACUACCUGGAAAGUUCCAACAAACUUUGGUCAGCAGGCCUGCAGAGGUCCUGGGAGAAGACCUCAUGGGACCCUUUACCUACACUGUCAGUGGAGAUCUGGAUUUAAUAUUCUUUGUAGACUGCUGUACAGGCUGGAGAGGAAAAACCACAGCUCACAUCCUAACCAGAGCAAUACUCUCCUGCUGGGUUAUACCAGCUUACAUCCUCUUAGACCGGGACCAACUCUUCAUAUCGUCGGAGUCUAAAGAAUCCUGCAGACGGUGGAAUCUCCAGCAGAAAAUUACCUGUUUAUAUCAUUCUGAAACCAACCUGACUGAAAGGUUAAACUUUGCAUCAUAUGUGGAAGAAAAACACAAAACUGGAUCCACUGAUAGCUUCAUCAUUCCCUGCAGUUCAGAUCCUGCACUUCUUACUGACACCUUUACCAAAAAACACUUUUAAACCUGAAAGCCUGACUUCAUUACAGAGACUUGAUCAGAGUUGAAUGUAGCCCCGUACCAACAGGAGUGCUGGGGACUGUGUGAAAUAUGAAAACAUUUAUAAUUGUAAAACUUUGCUACUUGACAACUUUGUGACUUGUAAAUAUUUAGGUUUAAUAAAUAUUUCUGUAUCUCUUCCUGUAUUACUCCUCACUAUAAAUCCUCCUCCCAGAGAUGUGGCUUCCUGUAAAUAAUUGCUGAACUUUUUUCCAAAAUGAUAACAUUUGACUGUGUGAUAAUUUCAGGUGAUUUUAACAUUCACACUGACAGCAGCAGCAGCAGCUCUGACAGUGGACAGUUCACCACUUUACUAAAAUGUUUUAAUUUUAAGCAGCAUGUGAUGGAACCCAGCCAAACAACGGGUCACACCCUCCAUCUGAUUGUUUCCAGAGGCCUCAGUGUCCCACUUACAAAUGUUUUACAUUUAUCAGUAAGAGUCAUGUCAAUGCCAGCACAGCUGACACAUUCACCUGUGAGUGCUCAAAGUGUUCAUUAGCAUUAUUGUCAUUGUAUGAUGAAAUGAUGACCAACCUCUCCAAUACAAGUUCUCUAAUUAUAUUGUU